AUAAAAGGGCCAUAGUGAAGACUGCAACUCCUACUUUCCCUUUCUGCUCUGUUCAGUUCCCCUCCCUACCCUUGCUUUCACUUUCACUCCGGCUGGGUUCCAAAGUACCAAGCAAUUUCCUUUCCUUUCUCCUACUCCCCAUGGAUUUCUGCCGGAAUGUGUCCUUCCCCGGCGACUACCAGCAAGACCAGGUCCUUUCCCCUCCUUGCUCUAAACUUGACGACCUUUUCUCUCCUCAAAACACGGAAGUGGAUGUGAGUUUGGAAUGGCUAUCCGUAUUUGUUGAGGACUGUUUAUCCAGCAAAGGAAACUGUCUUCCAGCGGCGGCACCACCGCCAGCGCCACCACCGACAAGUGUUCAGAACACACGGACUGCAACACUAGCUAAUCCCACAAAACCCUUGGAGUUGCCGCAGCUGCAACCCCAUCAAACUCCCACUUCCCUGCACAAAAUUUCAGUACCAUGCAAGACCAGAAGCAAGAGAAGAAGGGCAUCAACAACACCAAAAACCAAAGUUAACCCUUCAACAACCUGGAGCUGGACAAAGCACCUAAAUCCACAUAACCAGACCCUCCAAUUGGGUAGCUCUGACCCUCCCUUGCUUCAACAGGAAUAUUGGUUAGCAGAUAGUGAACUCAUUUUGCCCAAAAAAGAACACAAGGACGAUAUGAAGGGAGAUAGUGAAGAAGAGGAAGCAAAGGUGGUGAUGGUGAGAGAGGGUUUAGUGGGGAGUUUGGAGGUUGGGAGUGGACAACAACCAAGGAGGUGCAGUCAUUGCCUGGCUCAAAAGACUCCACAGUGGAGGGCUGGACCAUUGGGUCCAAAGACACUGUGCAAUGCAUGUGGGGUAAGGUACAAGUCAGGAAGGUUGCUGCCAGAGUAUAGGCCAGCUAAAAGCCCAACUUUUGUGAGCUACUUGCAUUCCAAUUCACACAAAAAAGUUUUGGAGAUGAGGAUGGCUUUGCUGUCUUCAAUUCCCAGUCAACAGUAAUGUCUCUUUCUUCUUUUUCUUGAACACUUGAAAUUCUCCAGUGUAAAACAAAGCUUAAACACAUGAAAUGUGUUAGAGAAACUCUGAUCUGGUAGUAAUUAAUGUAGUAAAUCCAUUGUAUAUCAACGCACCUCUGUGGUAU